AGUUCAAUAUGUUUUUGGACGAUUUGAAAACUACAAGAAAAAUCAGUUUGGGUAUUUUGCUAGCCCUUAUUCAAAUUAUUAUAAUUAUUUCUUUCGGAGCAGGAUGGACACAAGGUCGCAUGAAUUUAUCGAUCGACUAUGAUGAAGUUACGGAAAUUCCCGGCGCUUCUCCACCAUAUUCAAGGCUUAUUCCUUAUCCAGCACAUGCCGAUUGGUGGUUCGGUCUCACCGCGGUCAUGAUUUACUUGCUUUUGGUCGUUUGUACUUUAUACAUGAUAUGGACAGUUAUUCAAAUAGUGAUGCCUAACCGUAUCGAGUUCGAUCUAAAAAUGAUUGUAUUCAUUGACGCUGUUUUUUCUGCAAUUAUUACAUUGAUGCUUCUCAUUGCAUAUUGCUUUUUUGCCGGAGGUUUUAAUGGAAAACAGUAUCUCGAUGGCUUUUCAUUCGGCUACUGUUUCUGGUUGGCUGUUAUCUCAUCUGUUGUGUCAUUUGGAGUGCUUCUGAUGAAUGGGCUUAGUUGGUUCAGAAAUAAUUAAUUUUUUGUGUUUAAUUUAAUAUUUUACAUACUGUUGAAAUAAAUGUGUUGUAUCCCAUUG